AUGUCGUAUAGCAAAAUUCCAUCAAAACCCUUUGACACCGCACAAACCCCCACAGAUGAAUACAGUGCAAGUGAGCCGUUGAUAAAAGGCCCUAAGAAGGGGUCACGGAAGCCAUUCAGCAGUGAUGACCAGCCCCGCCGGAACCGUAUCCUGCUCGCUCGGGGAUUCUCAACCACCUUCGCCCCCCUUGUCCUCCUCGUGAUCUGUCUUUGGAUAUUUUCCAAAAAGCGCUCGAUGAGCAAGUUGGAGCAAAGGUCCUUCAAUACACUAUCAAUCCUACUCACAGCCACCGCGAGUUUGGGUCUUGGAUCGCUCUUAGGGCACCUGGGUUCCAUGCUCAGGUGGCCCAUACUUGCCCGAACAGUACAUCAAAUGCAAGAUGUGGACUCAAUACUAGGCAUGUCGCCACCAGCUGGCGCCCUCCGACUCAUCAAGAGACACAUUCGAGAGCGGAGAAUAUCGCGAACCACGUUUAUCGUCACUGCAUACCUCCUCACAAAUGUGAUUGGUAGAUUGAGCGUGGCUAAUUUCGGUUUGACUUUCAAUAUGACGGAUAAAAAAGGGAUCGAGUAUCCAGUCCUUGCGACAAAUUGGACAUCAGCUUUAUGGACUAGACGAAUAUUCCCCAACGGGACCACUAAUUCCGCGGUGGACAAAAAUAGCGGGGAAGAGUUCUUGAGUUCGUCAUGGAGUGGAUUACAGAAGUACGCCAAAUCCCCUGACUGGGCUCUUGAGAGCGCUAGGCUCCGUACUGGAGACGACAUAACCCCCUACAUAGAGCCUGAUCUCCAAGUGCAAAACACUGCUCUCAACGUGAACGGGAACACUGUUAAAUAUUCGUACAAUUUGAAGGAUUUCAAGGAGGGAUAUGCUAUACCAUCAAACCAUACUGUUCACUCCUCUGCAAACUGCAGCUUAAUAGAGGUUAGCGAUGGUCGAUAUUGGCGUUGGGCUAAUGGGAAUAGAACUGGUCCCUUCAGUACGUAAGACUUUUGCCACCACUCAAUAAUGCAUGGCACAAGUGUCGGUGAAGCUAAAAUUUGAUUUGGGGAAUUAGCUUGGGGUAGGAAGAACAAUACCGAUGUUGGGGUGGUACCCGAGGUACUGCAGCUAGCGAAUGAUACCAUGGUCACCCAGUCCUUUCCGUCCUUUGAAGUCUACUGGGUGUCAAUCCUGGACCUUUUGAAUGAAAGAAGCGUAUUACCCCAGAUUUAUAUCCUAUGCUCGAAUAUAGCCUGGGAAUGUUGGCCAACCCUAACUGAAACCAUUGGUGACAAUGAGUCACACCAAAUCCCACCCCAUGAAAGGCUUUUUCACCCCGCAAACCUAUAUCAGCUGUUGGCAGUGAGAAACGGGAUAUACUUUGACCAGACCGAUGAGAAUUACAUUUCUCUGGGCAGCUUUAGUAGCUCAUCGAUUGGAGUGGAAACAAAUAGUGGAGCAAAAGAGCUUUGCGGUUUUGGUUUAUUUGACUCCCCAAAUCAGACAGUAUUUGAUGGUUAUACCCUUUGGAUGGCGGGCCUAGUAGCUCGGCGACUGACCGCAGCCAUAAUGUAUGCGAACACCGAUUUACCCCAGUUCGCGCGAAGCCAACGCCCUAAUCAGACCUCUGGCACCGUAUACCUACAUACAACCUUAGAGGUACACUGGCUCCGUGUUGUCCUCAUAUUGGUUAGCAUUACGAGCGGUAUAGCCCUGGCGACCCUUACUGUCCUCUACUACUGCGCUGGUAUCUACACCCGAGACGAUAGUUACUUAGUGACCGCGGAGCUAUUGAAAACAGUUAUCAAUAGAUUUGAUGGUGGGAAAUUGAUGACGGGGGAGGAAUUGGCAGCGUCUCUUGAUGAUGUCUUGAAAGCGCCAGUUAGCUAUGGGACUAGGAAGGGCAAUGAUGGUUGCCCGUCAGAGGUGGACCUGGCAAGUGGCUUGGGUACCAACUUCUCACCAUUUCCACAAAGAAGCAAUCCUAGUGGAACAGCGGUUAAGAGACCUGAGAGUUGCAGUGACUGAUUCCUCUGAUAUGGCAGAAGUUUGGAAGACGGAGGUUCGGCCGAUUAUGCAGAUAAGACAAUUGGAAACAGUUGGGGGAGGUUUGAGUGCCCGGCCGGCCAAAUUUUCACUAGAGAUGGUAGGGUGGGAAGAUAUUUUUUAAAAAAA